AAAAAAGGAUCAGUCUAACGUCGGCGGCGCUGCUGGUGCGUGAAACCAGUUCCCUGAAAAUAACGAAGAAGCUCGAGCAGGCGCGGUGCGGGAUCCAUUGCGAUAGUCAGUCGCGCGUAAUGUUUCGAUCUGAAGGGACCCUCAACCAAUUGGUGCUGCUGCUGCUGCUAGUGCUGGCAUCGAUCGCGAUCGUUGCCGGUAGAGCAGUGAGAAGGAUCGACAACAGCUUCUCGGAUCGCAGUCGAACCGAAGACUACAUUACGCAGUACGAAAUCAACACGGAACGCUAUCGGGUCACCACAGAGGAUGGCUAUCAGUUGACCGUGUUCCGAUUGCUUCCGCAAGUUCCAACACGAGGCGUAGCCCUCAUUCAGCAUGGAAUUGGGCAAAGUUCUGCGGAUUGGUUAGCCCUGAACCGCAAUCUACCGAUGCAGCUGUUGGAAGUCGGCAUCGAAGUUUGGCUCGGAAACUCACGGGCAUCGCUCGAGUCUGCCGGCCACAUUUCCUAUUCCACCAGCUCAUCCAAAUACUGGGAUUUCAGUUUUCAUGAAAUCGGAAUUUACGACCUGGCAUCUAUGAUAGAUGCCGUCCUGCAGAUCACACGAAGAAGUCAACUUCACCUGAUCGCCUACUCGGAAGGAAGUUCAGCCGCUCUGACUUUGCUCUCGGAACGCCCCGAGUACAAUGCCAAGGUCACAUCCUUGAACCUAAUGGCUCCAGCUGCCUUUAUGGCCAACAGCCAGUUAAAACCAAUCGCCUUACUCUUCGACAAAAUCCGAGUCAUCUUCCCGGGAUCAAUCGAGCAGCUUCUAGCCAGCAACAAAGAGCUGUCGCGCAGUUCCCAGAAACAGUACGAACACUACCAACAGCUGAUCCUCACCGGGCAUUUCCGCAGAUUUGAUUACGGUCCACGAAGGAACAACCAGCGCUACGGCUCUCGCGAACCUCCGGACUAUCCCCUCCUGAGAAUCUCCCGUCCGGUGGUGCUGCACUACGGCGGCCGUGACCGCACGGUUAACCCAAAGGACGUCGAAUAUCUCAGCACCCGACUCUCCAAUAGGACCGGCGCCAAGCUGGUCGAGUACAACAUUCUGGACCACACGGACUUCACCAACAGGCCGGAGGCUGCCGUCUACGUAUAUCCUAUGGUGGUGCAAAAUAUCGUUUCCACGUUAGGCCAGAGAAUCCAAGCUCGGUGACGCGAGUCAGUCAGUUAGAAUAGGUGUAAUAAAUUAAUAACAAGCGAGCGACUGAGCUAAUAGUGCGGAAGUUUCAUCAAAGGAAUUAUAUCGAAGACAAAAA